ACCAGCAGUAUGCUUAUGAGACCCUGUUUUAGGAGAGCAGCGAGAGCAUGCUAGAGCAUGGCCCACAAGCAUGCAACAGGAAGUGUCAGUCCGCUUAGGUGCGCUGAGUGGGAGGAGGAGGCAGUCAAAGAUGUUUUAACGCCCUGAGCAUGGACACUUCCUCUCAUGCCCUCUCUCUGUCAGAUGCCUAAGAACCUGGGUGGUUGUUCUGUUCUUGUUUCUUCUUGAUGGACCAAAAAAAGGAUUUAACCCACCGUGUCAUUUAUCUGGAUUCCAUGACCUUUGUUCUCAGAGGUCAGGAGAUCUAACUGAUUGUAGACGAUUUCCGGAAGAAUACUGCGCAAUUUUUUUUUGUAAAGAAAGUUUCUUAUCGCCAUUUCAGGGAUAAGGAACAGUUCGUAAAAUAAUCUUGUGAGGAGAGGAUUUUCUUUUUUAAACAUUUUCAGGCAGGAGGAGAAUUUGUUGUGAAAAUGGCAGCGCUUGGCAACCCGUAUCCCAAUGUGUUUAUGGUGGACACUCAUACAGCCUAUCCUCCGCCACUGCCACCCAAGCCGCUCCGCUAUCGCAAGAGGAGUGUGGUUCAACCUAUGCUUCUUGUGCUGGUGGCUUUGGCCCUCUGUGGCAUGGUAGUGGAGGCCUGCUUCAUCUAUAGGCUGUACUCCAAACACCCCCAGAGCGAAGACACCCAAGACACACAACAGGCAUCACAUCAAGUUGCAGAUAAACCAAUACCAAGAGCAAACCCAGUUGAAUCACCUUCAAAACCUCUGGCACAUAUGGCUGGUUGUCAGAGAGGUGCCGCUGAUGGACUCAUGCUUUGGGAUGAUCAGGGUGAUAUCAUCUUACAUGAAAUGGAAUACAAAGAUGGCGUCCUCACUAUCCAGCAGGAGGGGUACUACUUUGUUUACUCCAAGAUCUACUUUGCUGAGAAACAUGACAUUUCACUUUUGCAUUCUGUGGUUAGGACCACUGACCGUCUCCCUAAGGAGAUGGUGCUUCUGAUGUCAAGGGAAUACCACCCCAAGUCAGCCAAAAACUUUAGAACAAAUAGUUACAUAGGAGGCAUGUUCCUCUUGUUCAAAGGUGAUACUAUAUUUGUAAAGGUAAACAAUACCCAGGUCAUACUAUCAACCCCAGCAGAGAACUACUUUGGUGCCUAUAUGGUGUAGCCAAAGUGGCAUAAACAGUUGGCUUGGUGCCUAUAUGGUGUAGCCAAAGUGGCAUAAACAGUUGGCUUGGUGCCUAUAUGGUGUAGCCAAAGUGACAUAAACAGUUGGUUUGUUCGCAUCAGUUUACUUUGUAUGUAUGUUUGCACUCCAAUGGUUGUAUUUUACACAAACAUCACAGCGCAUCUUAUUUUCUAUUCCAAUAACUGCUUAAAAAAAAUGCUACCAAAGCAAGGUCAUACAUGUUAAUACAGAACAUUGUAUUUUUAUAGACUUUCUUUCUCACAUUCUGAUAGCCAUCAAUGCAGUAUACACUCUGACAAAGGCUUCCAGUGUCUGCAAAUACCCCAGUCUUUGUAACUGGGGAGGAGGGAAGGGAACAUGUGGUCUGUGUGUCGGUCAUGUCCAGGCCAAGGUAGUGGCCUUGGAGUGUACGUACUUGAGAUGGGGAAAUUGACAGUGGUCAGUAUACCAGGAAAAACCUACUCUGGUAUUUUAAUGUUUUUCAUCCUAUUUAUGGUUUAGCUUUUAAUCUCUCCAUUUAUUACAAUGUUCUUUUACUUGUGCAAAUUUUCUUACAUGUGAUCGUAAAUAUACCAGGAAAAACCUACUCUGGUAUUUUAAUGUUUUUCAUCCUAUAUAUUGUUUAGCUUUUAAUCUCUCCAUUUAUUAACAUGUUUUUACGUGUGCACAUUUUUUUUUUACAUGUGAUCCUAAUGGUCAAUAUACCUGGGAAAGCCUACUCUGGUAUUUUAAUGUAUAUUUUUUUUAUCUGUAAAGAGUAAUGUUGCACUCCAUGCUGUGUUUGAGCAUGGUUUGAGCACUUCUGGAUAUCUGAUUGUUUCUAUGUGAGAGCGAUCAUACAGAUUUCAGACUUGCACUUUGAUUAUGUAAAUAAUAAAGUACAUAUAGGCUCA